GCAGAUGGACGGAUGCUCUGUCCAGUCUACUUCUACACUGCCCGCCAUCCGGAAGUCUCCUCCAACUCAAAGUCCAGCCGCCGCUAAUAAAAUCCGCGGCGGCGCCGCGCCGGGGAGUCCACCUGCGCCUUCUCCCCCUCCUUCACCCAAGCGGCGGAGGAGCCCUGCCGUCUCAAGCCCGUCCGCGCCCCGCCUCUCCCUCUCCGGUUGGAGCGCCGCCUUGCUUUAUGACGGGUUCUUCUUCAUCUUGGUCUGUUCCGCCAGCCUCUGGGGAAUGUUCUUUACAAAAUGGCGAACGUUAUGAGAUAACCAAGGCCUUAUUGAAGUGCAAAAUGGCAGAAGGAAGCUCAGUGAGCCAACACCUGGUCAAGCUAGUUGGUUACAUGUGGAGGUUGGAAGCUUUGGGCUCUGCGAUCCCCGCUUGGCUUUGUACUGAUCUUAUCCUUCUGUCUCUCCCGCCAAGCUUUAAUGGCUUUAUCAUGAAUUACAUGAUGUACAAGAUGGACAAGAGCGUGAAUGAAUUGCUCGGGAUGCUCAAGAACGCGGAGUUUUGGAUGCAGAAAGACACCAAUCAUGUGACGAAGAAGACCACUAGUUUCAAGAAGAAGGGCAAAGUCAAAAAUGGCAAGGGCGUCAGUAAGACCGACACCAAGGGAAAGCCUAAACGCGGGCCUACUAAAGAGACAGAGUGCUUCUUCUGCAAGGACAAGGGUCACUGGAAAAGGAAUUGCAAAAAGUUUUUGGCAGAAAAGAAGUCUGGAAAGUCCAGCACAAGGACUUCCGAGGACACAAGGACUGCUGAAGAAUGAGGUGCAGUUCCGUGUCGAAACGGUGUUGAAGUUGCCGCUCAGGCCGUCGGCGUGAUGCCCUACAUCUACCUUUAUAAUUCAUACUCCCACCGUCCCAAAAACUUCGUAUUAAACCUAGUAUAAAGUUGAGACAUAUAUUUAAGACCGAGGGAGUACUAUAACUUAGUGAUUGUUAUUUUGUUUCCGCGUUAUGUAAAAACAUUAUAUUAGGAUCUUGUUUCUUACGUGAUAGAUAUAUCUAUAUCUAUAUGUACUAUACUAAUAAUAAAGUAAGGUGUGAUUCUCUGUGUUUUUUA